AUGUCGUGGAAGUGCCAACCUCGCUGGAAGUUACCAAAUGGCAAUUUUUAUCCAACUGCAAUGGCCUGUGCAGUGAAUGAAGGUAGACAAAUUACGACGGUGAUGGUAACGAAUGGAGAACUAGUAGUGUCCUUGUCCUUGGCAAAUAUGAAUCGUACCUUCUUUGAGGACCUUUACUUCACACAAUGCGACCUCGAAUUGCACGAACCGAUACGUGCAUUAGAAGCCACUGAUACGAGUGUGUUCCUGAUUUCGUCGGAUGGUCAAUUGAUGGUAAAUGAUUUGGUGAACGGCAAGUUUGUGGAAAUCGCCACUUAUAAUCGCGUCCUGCACGUUGAACGGAGUCGUACGAAAAGUCAACUGUUCGUAGUUAGACAAAUGGGAAGGGAGCAAAUAGUGUUGGAAGUUGUGGAUAGUUCUACUAGAUUUUUGCCUCCCACCAUCACCAAACGUUAUGACCUCGUGAUGGAAGCUAUCGAUGCCAGUGCCCGUUUUUGCAUCAAAAGCUUUGUUGUAAAUGAAGCGAAUAAACGAUUUCUGGGUGAUUUCUUGGGCUUUACAAAACAUUCCAUCGGAGACUCAAUAUUGCUCAUAGCCAUCAACAACAGUCUCUACUGGCUGAUGGCACAAGAUACAGGUGAAUGCGAUUUGAUAGCAGUGCGUUGUUUUGCAACGUGUGUGAUUGAUUUUGAACUUUCGGAAAGCUGUCUUUGCCUGACGGUUCUGCUGCAAUCAGGCGUUCUGGUUGUAUUUAGUGAAUCAUUAGCUCCGGAAACCCUUACAAUUGCUACCUCUUCGGUUUAUCUUACGGUCCCCAUCGAGGCAUUCGCCUUUGAAAAAGACAAUAAUGCAUUCCUAUACUCUAACGGUCUCAGCAUUCAACGUGUGCAUUUCUACUACUCAGAAGAAACAAAUCAAAUCGUAACAGAAAUGAAGGAAAUUCUCAUACGAGGAGUGAUUGCGAUUGCGAUGUUGGAUAGCAAAUCGAUGGCGCUGCUGUUAACAGAUAACAAUCAAUUCUAUACUGUCGAUUGUUCCGAUAGAAAGCAAACGAGUGUUGCAGACGUGCCAAAGAUGUUUGUACUUGGAGCAGACAAACGAAGGAUGAAUGAAUCGAUGCGUAUGACGAAAAGGCUCACUGAAGAGGUACACUUUGACAAACGGUUAGACGAGGCAAUGCAAACUGAACAAGCCAAAUUCGACGUACUUGCUUUGCACAAAAAUCAGGCCGUGUUCGAGAGGCUUUCCCGUGUGGGUAUAACUUUCACUCGUGAUAUGCCAUCAAGGAAAGGACGCAUUCUCUGUAUGGAAAACCAGAAGGAGAACGAAGGUGUAUGUCUUUUUGCUAGUCUGAAGAUAGAAAUCAAUCUAGGAUUCUACACCCUUCUUGUGAAUCAGAAAAGCUGGAGCAUCUACAUACAGCGCAACGAACGCUUUGUCACUUAUCCCGUACAUACAACAUUCAAUCCCGAAGGUGUUCUUAAUGGAAUAUGUUUUAUAAACAAACGGGAGCUAGCAAAUGGUUUCCCAAAAUUCAGCGUCAUGCUAGUAACAACGAUAAAUCAUGGAAAUGAAAAUCUUCUGCUAACGAUUCCGAUGCCUGCAUCUGUACAAUCGCCCGACGAAUGUGCAGGAUAUCUAGUGCAAAACGUGCCAUCUUCGACAAUCUUAUUUGAAUCAAGUGUGAAACAGGCUGCCAGUGGUAUAGUAGCACGAAACAAUCCUUAUCCAGUUCGAACGCAGCGAGAAGAGCGCCCCAUCACCUACUGCAUCCGGAAUGAACAAUCAAAAACGAAGGCUGUUAGCUUUUCUAGUUGGUUGGAAAAUAACAUCUCUGACAUGUGGUCCGCCUUAGAUGUAUCAGUCACCGUUAGCUGGCAUGGUGCCAGAUCAACUAUGUGCCUUACAACAUUCUGUCCGCUAGCGAUGGAUGUGGUGAAGCGUUUUUUACUGGAUAAUGAUGAAUAUGAUACUGAAAUAGUACAGAGGAGAGAUAAAUUAAAAGGCAUGUUUCUCGAGCUGCAGGCUAUCACAGAUGAUGAUUUAAUAACGAAGCUUUACCGGAAAGUGCGUAACAACGAUAUCAUUGAUGAUGAUCUGCCUGCUGUUCUUCGUUAG